CGUACUUCCUUUGGCGCGUUGUGUGAAAUUCAAAGCUGCGACUUGAACCGUUCAGUUCGGUUUAGGCGAAAGGUCUCUGCGGAUUAAUUUAUCUGUUAAAGAUUUAUUCAGAGUACAUUUCUCAUCGUUGUUCAGGGAUGUCGUGGGAUUUUAUCGUACCGGUUUGUUUGGAUGAUCUUGUAAAGUCUGGAGCAGUGAACCAGUAUGUGGUGCAGGAUGUGCUGUCUGCUAAACACCUCCCCUCUCACCUCAACAGUAUGAAAGCAGCAUUGAGAAGCCAGGGGCCACUAUGCAUCCUUGAACAUUUUGACACAGUGUACAGUGUACUGAAACAUUGUCGCACAGUGGAUGUGGCGGUGAAAGAAGACACACUUGAGUUGCUGAUACAAGUGGUCAGGGGACUGUCCGUCUCUCUACCUACCCUCCUCCUGUCUGGGUCCCUGUCAUCUGUAGACCGUAAACAACAGCUCAACGCUGUCAAGAUGAGCGUUUUUCUCCUUUGCAAGCUCACAGAGACACUUGAAAGUGAUUCCUAUAGGGAGAAUAUUGUCACUGUGCCCAGCAAGGGUCGUAAGAAGGAUAAAGUGGCUGGGAAAGGUCUUCUGCAGUGGGACAGUGACAGAGAGACAGUUCUUCAGUGUUUGACUCAGCUGCUGCAGCUGGACAUUCGCACACUGUGGAGUCUGUCUUUAGUUGAGGAGGAGUUUGUCAGUUGUGUGACAUGCUGCUGCUAUAAACUCUUGGAAAACCCCACCAUAAGCCACAUGAAGAGCAAAUCCACCAGAGAGGCCAUCAUCCAUGUGCUAGGAAUCAUGGUAAAGAAAUACAACCACAUGUUGGGAGCAUGUGUGAAGGUGAUUCAGCUCUUGCAGCACUUUGAGCAGCUGGCGUCGGUGUGUGCCCAAGCUGUGGCUGCCUGGAGCACAGAAUACGGGGUCAAGGCCAUCGUUGGAGAGAUCAUGAGAGAGAUUGGUCAGAAGUCGAGUGAGGAGCUAGUCAGAGAAGGUUCAGGUGUAAAGGCUUUCUCCAGCUUUCUGUCUGAACUCGGAACUUUGGUACCUGAGACCAUGAUCCCCAACAUCAGUGUUCUUCUGACACACCUGGAAGGAGAGAGUCCGAGUCUGCGUGUGGCCGUGUGUGAGAUUCUUGGUGAGGUUCUGGUGCGGGUUUUGACUGGUGAUAAACUGGAUGAGUUGGCUCGCGCGGACCGAGAUCGUUUCCUGGACACGCUGCAGGAGCAUAUUCAUGAUGCACAUUCACACGUCAGAGCCCGUGUGCUGCAGGUCUACACGCGUAUCGUCAACAGCAAGGCCUUACCAUUGUGCAGGUACACUGAGGUUAUGGAGCUAACCGUUGGUCGUCUUGGUGAUAAAUCUGUUCAUGUGUGCAAGAGUGCCAUCCAGCUGCUGGCUGCCUUCAUUGCUCAUAACCCAUACAGCUGCAAGCUGAGUAGCAUGGACCUGAAGAAGCCUCUGGAAAAAGAGACAACCAAACUAAAAGAGAUGAGAGAUGCACAGAGAGAGCAAGAGCCUGUUGCAGUGAUCACAGCAGCUGAUCUUUGGGAUGCGAUGAUGCCUGAGGUGGAGCUGACAGUGAUUGCACAGCUGGAGCCCAGCAGUGAGGAAGAGGGUGAUAAAGAAGAGGAUGUAGAGCCAGAGGGAGAGGAAGGGAGGAGCGACAGAGACACUGCUGUCCAUAUCGCACAGCUUCUCAGAGAAAACAAGUACAGGCAGGCGGUUAGUCUGUGUGUGCGGGCUCACUCACUGUUCCCAGAGUCUCCAUUCUUCUCUGCUCUGGCUGACCUGAACACAGAAACCCUCAUUAAUGCACUUGCAACCCUUUUCAAAGGCCCAGAGGAGGAGACGUCCAAGGCUGGAGCAAGCGAUGCACCACCCACCCCACAAAAAGAGGGUGAGGGAGGAGGAAACGAGGGGAGAGAGAGUGAACUGAAGAAGCAGGAGAUGUUGGUUCAGUACUUGAAAGACACAGAGAGCUUUGCUCUACAAGUGGAAAGAGCCAUUGCAGUAAUUAACAACAUGCUGUACUGGAAAAUAACUACAGUGGUGCAGGAGGCUGUGCAGUUCUGUGUCACAGCAUUUGAGUUUAGUGUGGCUGACUCUGUGUGUGGGGUCAGGAAGAUGCUGCCUCUGGUCUGGUCCACUGACGUCGCUGUCAAAGAUGCUGUGAUUCAAGCCUACAGACGCCUGUACCUCAAUCCUCAUGGUGACAACACCAGGGCAAAGGCUCAGACACUAGUGGACAGUCUGUCAGAGCUAAUGGUUGAUUCUUCUUUAGGAACCAUCCAGUGUCUGGAAGAGAUUGUGCAGGAGUUCUUCAGCAAUGAGAGUGCCCUGCAGUCUUCAGUUGUACAGGUUCUGUGGGAGAGGUUUUCUGGUAAACGAAACACUUCAGCACUUCACAGGAGAGCUGCAGUGCUUCUGCUGGGAAUGGCAGCACGUGCUGAGAGGGAGGUGGUUCUCAGUAAUUUGGACACACUCUGCUCUGUCGCUCUGGAAGAGAAGGUUGCAGAAGAUUAUCUCCUGGCUCGGGACACGCUUGUCACCAUCGCUAAUAUAACAGACCAUGUGAGGCAAUCAAAGGGCGUCCCCUUCAGACUUCCUAUGGACCAUCAUCUCUUCAGCUGUCUCUCACAGGCUGUUGCUGAUGGAGUGGUCCAGUCUGACCCCCAUUGGCAGCCCUUCAUGGAACAGGCUGUCCGUCUCAUCUACUUCCUGGCAGAGUCACCUGACCAGCUGUGUUCCCGCCUCCUCCAGCGGUCUGCUCGUCUCCUAUUGGAGCAAAUCACAGACGGUGGAGAGCCCAACCAAUCACAACUGUAUGAGGGUGGGUCUCAGGGCUCUGAAGAGCAAGUGAAUUGUGUGAGUCUGGCCCAGGUGUUGUCACUAUGCGGCGCAGUGGCUUUCUGGCAGGUAUCUCACCUUGAGAGAAGCGUCAGUGCUGAGCUGCGGAGGAGGAGAGGAGAAAAGGAAAAGGAGGAGGAGAAAGAGAAGGCACCUGCCAGCAAAGCAAAGGAUGCCAAUGACAGUUGUGUGGAGGAGGAGCUUGGGCUGGUGGGCGCUUCUGCUGAGGACACAGAGGCGGAGUUUAUCCGGAAGAUCUGUGAGACCGAGUUACUAGCUGAAGGGAACAUGUUGAGUGCAUUUCUGCCCCUACUGGUGAAAGUUUGCAGCUCUCCAGGCAGAUAUUCCCACCCUCAGCUCACCACUGCUGCCUGCCUGGCUCUGUCUCAGUACAUGAUGAUCAGUCCUGCUGUUUGUAAAGAUCACAUCCGUCUUAUGUUCACUGUGCUGGAGAAAUCCCCACUUCCUAUCGUCAGGGCCAACACCAUUAUUGCUCUUGGUGACCUAACGGUGCGCUUCCCGAACAUCCUGGAACCCUGGACACCCAACCUUUAUGCAAGGCUAAGUGACGUGAAUGCAUCUGUGCGUCUGACCGCCAUCACUGUUCUGACGCAGUUGGUGUUGAAGGAUGUGAUGAAGGUCAAAGGUCAGGUCAGUGAGGUCGCAGUGCUCCUGCUGGACUCCGAGCCACAUAUCGUCAGCCUCGCUCUCAACUUCUUCAAUGAGCUUUCUGCAAAGGACAAUGCCAUCUAUAACCUUCUGCCAGACAUCAUCAGUCGAUUAUCUGAUCCUGAGCGAGGGAUAAAGGAGCAAGAUUUUAACACCAUAAUGAAGCAACUUUUCUCUUACAUCACUAAGGAGAGACAGACAGAAAGUUUAGUGGAGAAGCUCUGCCAGAGAUUCAGAACUGCAAAGACGGAGCGUCAGUGGGCAGAUCUGGCUGUGUCUCUGUCUCUCUUAUCUGUGUGUGAGCGAGGUUUUAAGAAGCUGCAGGAGUGCUGGGACUGUUACAGUGAUAAACUCACUGAGCAUGGAGUCUAUCAACCCCUCCUCUCCAUCAUGGCCAAACUCCGCCGAAGAGCCAAACCACAGUUUAAGGCACAGGUUGAAGACUUUGAGAAGCGAUUGACGGCCGUUCACACUAAAGGGCUGGAGAAUGUGGAGAGUGAGGGGAGAGAACAGCAGAUGGGAGACACACAAAACCAAAACAUGCGCACACCACAGCCACACAAGAGCACUCGAAAAACCACACGAGGCCGUGGUAAGCCCAAGUUAGAUGACAGUGAACUUGUGACCCCAAAAACUACUCGCUCACGUCCCAAGCCUGUCAUCACCUUCACCAGUGAUGAGGAAGAUGAGCAAGAAGAUGAUGCUGUUAUGGCUGAGAGUGAGACGCCUAAAGUGACCACACCCAUUGCCCGCACGCGACGCACUCAUCUCAGGCACUGAGUGCUCUUAUUUCUAUUCUUAUGGUUGGGGGGGGUUAUAUCUGUUUUGUUUUUGUCUCAAACAUUUAACCUAAUGGUUUUAGACGGAUGAAAUCUGACUAUAUUUUUUUAACUUUUAAAAUAUUUUAGUUGCCCAUUCAACACGUCUUAAUUGUUUUUUAUUAAAGAUUUUAAACUAUAA